UUUUAAAAAAUUUUUGAAAUUUUUAUGUGAGUCCUUGUAACCAGAAAAAGAAACAAUUUUGAAAAUUUUGUUAAGAAAAAAGUUGUCAAACAAAAAAAAAGAGGAAAUUUAUUGAAAUUUCCCUCGUUUGGAAAAAAAUAACAGUAAAUUUUUUUUUGUCUGCGGUUAGUUUGUGUUUUGUGCGCCGGGAUCCCCCCGCUCCCGCCCUUGUCAUUGUUUGCCCUACGUGUGUGAGUCUUGUCGAGUCCCCGAGUCUGGUGGUGCUGCUGCUGCCAUUAACCGUGUGUUUCGCUUUCCCCCCGCGUUCUAUUCGUGCCGCUGUUUUUGAGAAAAAAAAAAACAAAACGCAAAAUUUGUUGGUGUGCAAAGUUCUGUUUUUUUGUUGUUGUUGUGGCAAUUCCUUUUUGUCCGGUCAUGCGUGAGACUAGAAACUAAACGAAAAAGGAAAUAUUUGGAAUAGAAUUUCAAAAAGAAAAAAAAAACGCUAAAACUUAAAAUCACUCUAACAAAAAAUUCAAAAAUUCUCAAGAAAACUUGUUUUUGACACUUGACAAACAUUGAAAUGGAAAACCCUUUCAAUUUUGGACUGCUGUAACCCCCCUUCCCUUGCUUCUUGAGAUUCUUAAGCAACCCCAAAAAAAAACCUUUCCAUUUUGGGACCAAAAAAAAUCUGAAAAAAAGCCAAAAACAAAUCUCAUUACAUGCCAGAGGUUACAAAGAAAGCAGAAAAUUAAGUUUUGAAAAUUUGUUCCAUUGAAGAAAGCAAAAACAACCCCCUUUGGCUGUAAACCCAACAACAACAUUGAAAGUAAAAGGAAAAAAAGGAUUUGGUGUCCGGUACCCAAGCAAAAAAAAAACAUAACAACAAAAAUAAAUCACAACAUCACACAGAAAUAGAGAGAGAGUCAAGGAAACUUUCCUCCUGGACUCUUCAAGAAGAUCUCCUCCCCCCUUAUUUUGGAAAGCUGGAAAACUAGACAAGGCAUAGAGUGAAAAACCUUUCAAAAGAAAAAGGGAUUUUCGAAUUCCCAAAAAAAUCAUGCAAAAUUGGGACACUGCCACCAGUAACAACAACAACAACAACAAAUCACCAGCCCUCACAAUGCAACAAACAGCCGCCAAUAGCAACAAUUUCCUGGAGCACAACACAUGGUACAAUCAAAUGUUUGCCGCCAACAUCAAACAGGAACCCGGCACAAUAAACCCACAUCACCAACACCCCCAACAGCACAGCAGCAUGAUGGCCUCCCAGCCUCAACAUUCUCCCCUGACCCACAGUGCCAAUCAUUUGGAGAACUAUCUCAAGCAACAUGCCCACAAUGGCGGUGGUGGCCAUCAUUUGCAGUUCUCGGAUAACAGCGGUGCUAUGACUCCCUCACCCAAUACCAAUGUUGGAGGUCAAGAUUUUGGUUUUGAGUCGAACACAUCGUCUGCCCUGAAUCCCAGUCUGCAACAACAUCAGCUGUAUCAGCAGCAUUUCCAACAGGCCCAACAGGCAGCGGCCCAAAAUCAGGUUAGCUCUCACUUGCCCCUGGGUUUUAAUCCUCUGACACCACCUGGUCUGCCCAAUGCCGUGUUGCCCGCCAUGAAUCACUACUACAGCCAACAGCAGCAGCAGCAACAACGUCAGCUACAACAAACUCCCUCGCCCUCAGCCUGCCUCAGUGAUGCCCAUGAAAAGUCCUCUGCCCUCACACCACGCCAUACCCCUCCCAUGGACAUUACCCCACCCAAAUCGCCCAAGGCCAGUGUACAAGCCAUGGACCACCAACAGCACCCAGAAGACCAGGAUUUGAUUUCCAAUUCCAGUGAAGAUCUCAAAUACAUUGCCGAAUCCGAGGAUGAUGAGUCCAUACGCAUGCCCAUCUAUAAUUCGCAUGGCAAAAUGAAAAAUCACAAAUGCAAAUCCUGCGGCAUGGUGGCCAUCACGAAAAUGGCUUUCUGGGAACAUGCCAGGACCCACAUGAAACCCGAAAAGAUCCUGCAAUGUCCCAAGUGUCCCUUUGUCACCGAACUCAAACAUCAUCUGGAGUAUCACAUACGCAAACACAAGAAUCUCAAGCCAUUCCAGUGUGACAAGUGUUCCUACAGCUGUGUCAACAAGUCCAUGUUGAAUUCGCAUCGCAAAUCCCACUCGUCGGUGUAUCAGUAUCGCUGUGCCGACUGUGACUAUGCCACCAAGUACUGCCACUCGUUUAAGUUGCAUUUGCGUAAAUAUGAACACAAGCCCGGCAUGGUAUUGGAUGAGGAGGGUAUUCCCAAUCCCUCGGUGGUCAUUGAUGUCUAUGGCACCCGGCGUGGACCCAAAAAUAAGUCGGCAGCCAAUGCUGCUUUGAAAAAGGCCUGUAGUGAUUUGAAAAUUCCUCCCACUUCUCAGCUGUCGGCUGCCCUGCAAGGUUUCCCUCUCCAGCAGCAACAACAGCAGCAACAGCCUGCUUCUCCGGCCAAAAGUUCCAGCUCUGUGGCCUCGGAAUUGCCUGCCUUGACCCUUAACAUGUCAUUGCAACAAAACCUGGCCCAACAGCAGCAGCAACAACAGCAGUCACCUGGAGCCCAAAGCCACAGCAGCCAACAACAAAUCAAUAAUCUCCUACCUCCUUUGGCCUCUUUGCUGCAGCAAAACCGCAACAUGGCCUUUUUCCCCUACUGGAACUUGAACCUGCAAAUGUUGGCUGCCCAGCAACAGGCGGCAGUCUUGGCCCAACUCUCGCCGCGCAUGCGUGAACAACUGCAACAACAACAACAAAACAAGCAGGCAAAUGAAAAUGGCGAAAAUCAUGGCGAAGAGGAUGAGGAAGACAAUGACGAAGUCGAUGAAGAUGAGGAGGAAUUUGAUGGCAAAUCUGUGGAUUCCGCCAUGGAUUUGUCUCAGGGUACCCCCACCAAAGAGGAACAACAAACCCCUGAAUUGGCCAUGAACUUGAAACUCAGCGAGGAGCAUGGUGAGACUCCACUCUUCUCUUCCUCGGCAGCGGCCCGACGCAAGGGUAGGGUUCUCAAACUGGAUCAAGAGAAAACGGCGGGACAUUUGCAAAUUGCCUCGGCUCCCACUUCUCCGCAGCAUCAUCUACAUCACAACAAUGAAAUGCCACCCACCACCUCCUCACCCAUACAUCCCAGCCAGGUGAAUGGUGUGGCUGCGGGCGCUGCUGAUCACUCCUCGGCCGAUGAAUCCAUGGAAACGGGGCAUCAUCAUCAUCAUCACAAUCCCACCACCGCCAAUACCAGUGCCAGUUCCACGGCCUCCUCAUCGGGCAACAGCUCCAACAGUUCCUCCACCUCAACCUCCUCGAACUCCAACUCGAGCUCGGCGGGCAACAGUCCCAACACCACCAUGUACGAGUGCAAAUACUGUGAUAUCUUCUUCAAGGAUGCCGUGCUCUACACCAUUCACAUGGGCUAUCACAGCUGUGACGAUGUCUUCAAGUGCAACAUGUGUGGCGAGAAAUGUGAUGGGCCGGUGGGUCUCUUUGUGCACAUGGCCCGCAAUGCCCACUCGUAAGGGGGGCCCGGUCUCGCUCAACCCGACUUGACUCACAAUUUGUAAAUUGUUUUUUUUUUUAUUUUUGUUAUCCUUUUUUCGUUGCUUUGAAUUGUAAAUAAUUAUCCCCCCCCACCCAACAAAAAAAUUCUCAGUAGCUUAGGAGGGGCCUGCCUUUAGGUCACCUAAGUGAAUCGUUGUCAUGAAUUGUAAAUAUGAAAAUCAACAUUUAGUUUUUAGUUAAAUAUUUUUUUUUAAUUUUUAAUAAUUUUAAGUUUUAAAGGUUCCUUCUCCAACAACAACAAAAAAAUAAUAUUUUUGUAAUAUUUGUAUAUCUCUAAAAAAACCAGAACAAUAUGACGUAUUAUAUAAUUAAUUUUUAGCAAAAACGAACAAACCGAACCCAUGCCCCAAAACUAGUUAAAAUUUUUUAGUUUUUAAAAAAUAAUUAAUUUUAUAUUUUUUAAUUUUAAAUUCUUCUAAUUUUAACAAAAACCUUGAAAGGUUUAAAAAUUCUUUAGUCAUAAGUUUAUAAUUUUUUAAAUUACUUAGAACAUAAAAAUAAUUAUUUUUUUUAUUAUUAUUUUCCAUAAUAAUCAACAAAUCAAAAAAUUUAACAAUUCUACUCUUUUUAUUUAAACAACAAAUUUUAAGUUUUAAAAACCAACCAACCAAACCAAACAAACUCAACGAAAAUCAAAAUCAAACAAAAAACCCUGAAACAAAGCCAAGUCAUUAGUUUUAGUUAAAUAAUAAAAUAGUUAUUAUUAUUAUUUUAAAAAAAAAAAUUUAUGUAAACCAAGGGACAUCAUCUAUUCGAGAGAGAGAAAAAUAAGAAUAAACAUAUACCAAAAUUCUCAACUUUUGUGUUAUAUUUUAAGUCCAUGUUUUUUUUUUUAUAUAAGAAAGAAAAUUUUAUUUUACAAAUAAAAAACAAAAGAAAUCACAUCUUUUUUUUAAACAA